AUGAGCAACGUUUCAGACGCCCAAAUUCAAGAAUGGAUCAAAAGAGGUGAAGAUCCCAAGGAAUUUUUACUCAAGGAAUGCGCUCCUUAAUGCACUGCUUGGAAAGAAAAGCUCGGUAGAUGCGAAGCUAAAUUAAAAUCUCUCGUCAAUGCUGACCCUGAAAUGUCUUGCAUGUAUCCUCUCAGAGAUUGGGUUACUUGCAUCGAAGCUUGCGUUCAACCUGCUAUUACUAGAAACCUUUUCGGAAGCAAGUACAUGUGA